AUGAUGACCGAAGUCCAAACACCGCACAUGUACCUCGCCCAAGCUCGCGCUGCUACAAGCGUACAAGAUUGCAUGAGCCUCUAUGACAAAUGGGCCGCCACCUACAACGCCGAAGUGGGAGACAAAGCUCAAAAUUAUGUGGCCCCUGAGAUCGUUGCACAGGUCGCUCUCCGGCUCUCUCAAGAUUUAGCCCAAGAUACCAUCUUGGAUGCCGGCUGUGGCACCGGCCUCGUAGGCCAAGCUCUUGCCCAGACCGGGGCAAAGACCAUUGACGGACUUGAUUUGUCGCCUGCUAUGCUCAAGGUUGCCAAGGAGACGGGUGUAUACCGAAACCUGUUCCAGGCAGACUUGACUCAGCGUGUGCAACACCAAGAGGGCUUGUACGACCUUGUCACCUGCGUGGGAACGUUUACCAACGGCCACGUAGGCCCUGACCCUGCCCUCAGGGAGUUUGUGCGCCUGGUUAAGAAGGGAGGGACUGUUAUUGCCACCGUUCUCCAGGAAUUCUGGGAGUCGGCCAAAUUCGACGCAGAGGUUGAGAAAUUGGCGGCUGAGAAAGUGGUUGAGGUUGUUGCACAAGAGGCAGUGCUAGUUAUUUUGAGAAAGGCAUAA